AUGAUUCGCAAAGUGCAAAUAUUGGUAAUCUUAAGCCUGGUUUUUGGCAGUCACGCUCGCAUUCCCAACCUGCGACGCGUUGUUGGUUCGGGCCGCAGUAAUUUGGAUAUAGACGUCGAGGAACCAAUUGGUCCUCAAAUUCUCAUCUAUUCCCCAGGCGAAUCCAUGGCCAGAUCCGAUGACCAGGAGCCCACCUUCCAUGAACCACAAAUCAGGGAGGAAGUACCUGACACCGAACUGGACAAGGACAGUCGCAAAGUGCCCGAUUACCUCUACUCGAAUGCCAUUCCCAUGGUUAACGAUCAGAAUCUGAAGUAUGUGGUGCCACAAGUGGCCGCCUAUCCCGUGGCCUACGGCCCUCAGCUAAUCUCCAACAAGAAUGCCAUUAGCUCCAACCAAGGAAGUGGUCUUUCCUACGUCGUGGUGCCUCGAGUCCAAUUGGGCUUCAAUGUUCAGGGCCAGUCGGGCUUCAAUUGGCCCGGUCUGAAUCUGCUGCCAACGAAUCUGGCCGGUGAGGCCGCCGUUGCCGAAAAGGAGGAGCCUCAACCACCCACCGCCUACAUUCCCAUUCCAGUGCCCGGUCCUCCUGGCCCGCCAGGUCCACCAGGCCAGCGGGGACCUGCAGGACCGCCAGGUCCUCGAGGUGCACGAGGUCCUGCCGGUGAGUCUGGCAUUAUUUCGGCUCAGAAACCUCAGAGCAUUUGGUACACCCAAGCGGGUAGCAGCAAUAAUAAUCUUAAUAGCAAGCCCCAGUACAACCAGCCCUUUUCCGGUGGUUAUCAAAGCUGA